AAAUUCUCAUCUGACAAUUGCCCGACCAGUAUUGGACCUUGUAUUUAACCUACCACAGAGCAACACAUGUUUACAACGGCUCCCGUAAUGUUUUCAUGAAAAAACAGAAACACAAAAAAUACUACUACUAGUAUUUUCCAGCACAGAACAGAUGAAGACACCGCUCUCUUCUUCCUCUUCACCUGCUGCUGCGUCCUCCUCUCUCCUCAGAAGAGCUCGUCUCUCCCCUUACUACUUCUUCACCUUGUUCGCCUUCAUCGUCUUUGUCGCCAUCCUCUACACCGAAGACUUCGGCUGCAUCUUUAACCGGCUCGACGACUCCGACCGACUCAUCAGAAGAAGUACUCCCCCGAAGAAGAGAGUGAAGUUGCCGUUUUCGGUUGGCGGGACCCCGGAAGCGUGCGACGUGUUUGACGGGAGGUGGGUAUGGGACAAAGAGAAUCGGCCGUUGUACGAGGAAUCGGAGUGUCCGUACAUACAGCCGCAGCUGACAUGUCAAGAACACGGCCGGCCGGAGAAGGACUAUCAGUUCUGGCGAUGGCAGCCUCACGGUUGUUCCCUUCCAAGUUUCAACGCAACAUUAAUGCUCGAAACACUCCGGGGGAAGAGGAUGAUGUUUGUAGGCGACUCUCUAAACCGCGGUCAAUACGUUUCCUUGGUUUGUCUUCUCCAUGGACUCAUCCCCGAAGAAGCCAAAUCUAUGGAAACUAACGGUUCACUCACCAUUUUCAGAGCCAAGGAUUACAACGCAACGAUUGAGUUCUACUGGGCACCAUUUCUUCUCGAAUCAAACUCGGACGACGCAGUCAUCCACAGGAUAUCCGAUAGGAUCGUCCGGAGAGGUUCGAUAAACAAACAUGGACGACACUGGAAAGGAGCCGAUAUUGUGGUGUUCAACACCUAUCUCUGGUGGAUGACUGGGAUCAAGUUCAAGAUCUUGCAAGGGUCUUUCGAUGAUGAAGUGAAAGACAUAGUGGAGCUAUCGACAGAGGAUGCGUAUCGGAUGGGAAUGAAGAGCAUGUUGAGAUGGGUUAGGAAGAAUAUGGAUCCUAAGAAAACAAGGGUCUUCUUCACCAGCAUGUCACCAUCCCAUCAUAAGAGCAUAGAGUGGGGAGGAGAACCCGGCGGAAAUUGUUACAACCAAACAACAAUGAUCCAAGACCCGUCGUACUGGGGAUCCGACUCGAGAAAAAGCAUAAUGCAAGUAAUCGGACAAGUAUUCAGUGAGUCAAGUUUUCCCGUUACGUUCCUCAACAUCACACAACUCUCCAACUAUCGUAAAGACGCCCACACCUCUAUUUACAAGAAACAGUGGAGCCCGUUAACCCCGGAGCAGAUAGCCAAUCCCGUGAGCUACGCUGAUUGUGUUCAUUGGUGCUUGCCCGGGCUUCAGGACACGUGGAACGAGCUUCUUUUUGCCAAGCUUUUUUAUCCGUGAUUGGACAUGAAUUUUGAUAAAAGUUUCUUGUAAUUAGUCUCCAACUUCUGUUUCUUUUGUUUCUUCCGUAUUUCAAGUAAUUGAUUCGAGAUAGGGAGGAAAUACCGAAAGAGAGGAGAAAAAGAAAUGACACAGUGAAUGGUACAAAAAAUGAAAGAAAUAUGACUAAACAGUUUUAAACAAAA